AUGAAUAAUGACUUUAUAGAUAAAGAAAUAUAUGAAAAGGAAGUAAUACAAAUAGACCCUCUUAUCUAAUAAGAUAAAUGUAUUAUAGAGGUCAGAAAUGUUCAUAAAACUUACUUAUUAGGAUUAGAGGGUGUUACUGCAUUAAGAGGUUCAAUGAUAUCAAUAUAAUUUUAGGUGUAUCCUUUAAUGUGCAAGAAGGAGAAUUCAUAACCAUCUUAGGUACUUCUGGAUGUGGCAAGACAACUCUACUUAAUUUAUUAGGUAGUAUAGAUUUACCAACAAAAGUAAAAUCUAUUAUCCUAAUCUAAAAUAGGGUGAUGUUAGAAUUUGUGGUCAAAGAAUUAGGGCAUCUACAGAAGAUAAAUUUCUUGCCUCACUUAGAUUAUCUUCUUUGGGAUUUGUUUUCCAAACUUUCAAUUUAAUUUCAUCAUUGACAGCUUUAGAGAAUGUAGAAUUGCCUAUGAUUCUAAAAGGGACAUUGAGUAAAGAUCAAAUUAGAGAAAAUGCGCAAUAAUUAUUAGAUUAAGUUGGUUUAGGUGGUCGAUUGAAUCAUUACCCAAAUUAAUUAUCAGGAGGAGGUACAAUUAAUAUUUAGUUUUAGAAUAAUAAAGAGUUACAAUAGCAAGAGCAUUGGCUAAUAAUCCAUCUAUUUUAUUAUUGGAUGAGCCAACAGGAGAUCUUGAUACAAAGAAUUCAGAUUUAAUUAUGAAAAUUAUUAUUGAUUUGAAUGUUUAAAAGGGUAUUACAAUAAUAAUGGUUACACAUGAUACUAAUUUAAAAAACUAUUCUACAAGAACAAUUAGAAUGCUUGAUGGUAAAGUGGCUAAUGAUGAAGUAAUAUUACUGAACUAUUUUAAUUUAGAAAAAUAAUGAGGAUAAUAGAAUUAAACACAUUGACGAUUUGACAAGAGUAGUUAAAUAAUAUUAAGACAUCAAUUAUGGUGUUCGUGCAGGAACUGUUGAAGAAAAUAGACAAAAGUAUUAUUAAUUAACUAAACUGAUAGUACAUCUAAAACUGAAAAGAGAUAACCUAGAAAUUACAAAGUUUUAAAUCAUCUCUAUCAUCCAAAUUAAUUAUUAGAUAAUAAAUAAGAAUUACCUCAAUUAAUUUAGUAAUACAAUACACCAAUACAAAAAUCGAAUCCAAAUCUAUUAAUCUAAAACAAAGAUUCGAUAUAAGAAUGA